AUGGACCCACAGCCGCGCCGCAGGUCGCCUCACGCCGCCAGCAGGUCGCCUAGUCGCGCUGCGCGUCCCAACGUCGCCACCAGCAGCGGUGGCGGCGGUUUCGAUGAAACCGUUAGCCGCGGCGACGGGGCUGCGCGCGAUGCGGACUUGACGCCCGCGCAGUUGGCGGAGAUGGCGGAGCGACGGCAGUUGGCGCAACUGAGGGAAUUGGAUGAUAUGGCGCUGGAGGAGGAGGGGGAGGACGAGGGGGAGGAGGAGGAGGGAGGGAGGGGAAGGGGCCGAGGGUGGCACAGGUCGAGAGGCGCACUGGGGGGCGGCUUGGCGGUGGGCGCGCGCGCGGGGAGCGCGGAGGGCAAGGCGAGCGAGAGGCGUGCAGCGGCGAGCGCGGAGUGGGCAAGUGGGGAGACAAGGGGAGGGGAGGCGGUGGAGGGGGUGGAAGGGGAGGGCGAGAAGGACGCGGAGGGGAGGAGGGCGACAGGGGGAGAUUCGGCUGAGGUAUGCUCGGAGAAGGCGUUAUGUGGUGAAAGGAGCGACGGAGGGAAGCAUGGCGUGGAGGAGGAGGGAGGGCUGGGGCCAGGUAGCAGCAGGCAUGGUGAUGACGUGGAGCCUGGAGAGGAGCAGGAGGGCGAGGAGGAGGGGGGGGAAGAUGUGGGAGAGGAGGGCGAGGUGGCGGGAGAGGAAGGCGAGGUAGCAGGCAGUUGUGAGGAGGGAGAGGGGGGAGAAGAGGGAGAGGAAGGAGAGGAAGAGGAGCAGAUGGGGGAGGGAAGCGACGAUGGAGAGGUGGAGGCGAGGGGCGGCGAGGAGGGAGCAGGGCGCAGGGCUGACUGUGUGCGGUGCAAUGAGGUGGGGCAGGGCAGUGGCGCGGUGCAGAGAGGCAUGGGCGAAGGAGAGAGGCAGGGGGGACGCGGCACAGCAGGGGUGAGGCGGCAGCAGCAGAGACAGAGGCGGCAAGUGGUGCGAGGAGAGGAGGGGGAAGGGGAGCGAAUGAGAGAGGAAGUGGAGGUUGUGGUGCGUGGGAGGGGCGGCGCAGGCCAGAGAGAGGAGGCGAGGGGGAUGGGGAGAGGCGCGCGGGAGGGGGCGGCGAGGGGAGGCGUGCAGGUGAGGGGAGGCGUGCAGGUGAGGGGAGGCGAGGUGGGGGCGGCAGAGAGAGCUCAGGUGCAGCAGAUACGCGCAGUGGAGGGGGAGGAGCUGGAGGAGGAGGAGGAGGAAGGGGACGAGGGGGAGGCGGGAGGGGCGGGGAGGAGUGCAAGUGAGCGGCGAAGGCGAGCGUCAUGGCGGGGCAGUGGGCGCGGCAGCAGCAGGGGCGCACAUGGGGGCGUGCAGGCAGGUGAAGGCAGGGGUGGAGAGAGGGGGGAGGGGGGAGCACAGCAGCACCUGCUGCAGGCGUCACAGCAAGGGGAUGAGGCAGGUGUGCGGGGCGGUGCAGCGGGCGGUGGAGGUGUUGGAAGGGGUGAUGGCGACGGUGGAGGAGGAGGAGCAGGUGGCGGGGGGGGUGCGGUGGCGGUGGUGGUGAGUGCGGUGGAGCGGCAGCAGAUUGAGCGCAUCCUGGCGAUCCAGGGGGAGGAGCUGGAGGAGGAGGACAUGGGCGAGGAGGACGAAGAGGGGGAGGAGGAGGAGAGGGGCCGGGCAGCAGGGGGCGAGGCGAGGCAGCAUGUGCUGAGCUCCAGCGACAGCGAUGACCCCAGCUCUGUCCCAUCCCACUGUCAGCACUGUCCCAUCCCACUGUCAGCACUGUCCCAUCCCACUGUCAGCACUGUCCCAUCCCACUGUCAGCACUGUCCCAUCCCACUGUCAGCACUGUCCCAUCCCACUGUCAGCUCUGUCCCAUCCCACUGUCAGCACUGUCCCAUCCCACUGUCAGCUCUGUCCCAUCCCACUGUCAGCACUGUCCCAUCCCACUGUCAGCUCUGUCCCAUCCCACUGUCAGCACUGUCCCAUCCCACUGUCAGCUCUGUCCCAUCCCACUGUCAGCACUGUCCCAUCCCACUGUCAGCUCUGUCCCAUCCCACUGUCAGCACUGUCCCAUCCCACUGUCAGCUCUGUCCCAUCCCACUGUCAGCACUGUCCCAUCCCACUGUCAGCACUGUCCCAUCCCACUGUCAGCUCUGUCCCAUCCCACUGUCAGCACUGUCCCAUCCCACUGUCAGCACUGUCCCAUCCCACUGUCAGCACUGUCCCAUCCCACUGUCAGCUCUGUCCCAUCCCACUGUCAGCACUGUCCCAUCCCACUGUCAGCACUGUCCCAUCCCACUGUCAGCUCUGUCCCAUCCCACUGUCAGCACUGUCCCAUCCCACUGUCAGCUCUGUCCCAUCCCACUGUCAGCACUGUCCCAUCCCACUGUCAGCUCUGUCCCAUCCCACUGUCAGCACUGUCCCAUCCCACUGUCAGCUCUGUCCCAUCCCACUGUCAGCACUGUCCCAUCCCACUGUCAGCUCUGUCCCAUCCCACUGUCAGCACUGUCCCAUCCCACUGUCAGCUCUGUCCCAUCCCACUGUCAGCACUGUCCCAUCCCACUGUCAGCACUGUCCCAUCCCACUGUCAGCUCUGUCCCAUCCCACUGUCAGCACUGUCCCAUCCCACUGUCAGCACUGUCCCAUCCCACUGUCAGCACUGUCCCAUCCCACUGUCAGCUCUGUCCCAUCCCACUGUCAGCACUGUCCCAUCCCACUGUCAGCACUGUCCCAUCCCACUGUCAGCACUGUCCCAUCCCACUGUCAGCUCUGUCCCAUCCCACUGUCAGCUCUGUCCCAUCCCACUGUCAGCACUGUCCCAUCCCACUGUCAGCUCUGUCCCAUCCCACUGUCAGCACUGUCCCAUCCCACUGUCAGCUCUGUCCCAUCCCACUGUCAGCACUGUCCCAUCCCACUGUCAGCUCUGUCCCAUCCCACUGUCAGCUCUGUCCCAUCCCACUGUCAGCACUGUCCCAUCCCACUGUCAGCUCUGUCCCAUCCCACUGUCAGCACUGUCCCAUCCCACUGUCAGCUCUGUCCCAUCCCACUGUCAGCACUGUCCCAUCCCACUGUCAGCUCUGUCCCAUCCCACUGUCAGCUCUGUCCCAUCCCACUGUCAGCACUGUCCCAUCCCACU